AUGAGUACCGAACCGACCAAGACCUGCAUGUUCUUCGUGGAUGACUCCAACAUAUGGAUCGAGGCCCAAAAGUUCGCCGCCUCGGGCAAUAGCCACAUGCCCAAACUGACAGACAGCGAUCGCGACCCGCGUCUCAGGAUUGACGUCGGGAAAUUGAUCAACACGCUCCGCAACGGCCGCAGCCAAGGUCCUUCGUUUCUGUAUGGCUCUCGCCCACCGCCUAACGAUACAGUGUGGAAAGCGUUUGAGAAGUUCAAGUUCAAGACCAAGAUCUAUGAUCGCGCCCGCGGGAAAGAGAAGGAGGUGGAUAACUCCAUGGCAACGGAUCUGAGCUCUAAAGCCACCGAACUCAAAAUUAGGGCCGAGUAUGACUUGAGGUACAAACAGCAGAAAGACAAUACGACGUUUGUCGCCAUCACGGGAGACCGCGACAUCCUCCCGCCAAUCAAGGAAGUGCUGGAAUGUAAUAUCCGAGUGGAGCUCUGGGCCUGGCGAUCGGGAAUCUCUACGGAGUACUUGAAGCUGAAUUCCGACAACGAUCUAUUCUCGGUAAACUUUAUGAACUGGAUAUUCGAUAAGAUUUCCUUCACCAACUUCCGCUCUACCCGACAGAUCAAGGCCAGGCAAAUUGAUCCCGGCCAAACGAUCGUGCUCUGCGAGUUUGCUGACCAGGGCAGGGAUAACCUCGAAUUUUCUGUCUGCGAGCAGCUCAUUCAGUUGGGCCGCUUGUUCUACAUCACACUGUCCAAAACGGAAACGGAGAUGUUUGUGGAGUUUCCCAAGGUAAAGAACAUUGAGGCUAUGGUCCUCGAGGCACGAGAGCUGUUUAAGGAAAUGUUGACAGUCCUGUCAUGGCCCGAACACGCAAGUCGUCUCAAUGAGGACCUCCCGCCCGUGGUCGAAACUAGCAAUAUGUAUGCGGCGUUGACGGGUGACAAUGGCCAAUAUUCCGCCCAUGUCACAGCGAAAGAAGAACACGAACCUGUCAAACGCAAAGCUAAGCUGUCCAGUACCGCCGAACCUGAGGGUGGACACAUUGAAAACGUAGAGAUGCAAGGUCUCAAUGACCCCGACGACAACGACGGCUGGCAAACGGUGGUUCGUUCCGACCUGGGACAAGACCAUCGUCGCGGCAUACGCCAAACUCAGCAAUGUUCUGACCGCGUUCGCUGCAAGAAAAGAGGCGAUUGUGGUUACCGCCAUAGUGACGAGGAGCGGAAUUUGUUUCGGGACUUUCCAAAAUUGGACUUGAGGUGGUGGAAAACGAAGAAGUGCAAUCUCCCCCACUCUCACCCGGGGAAACGAUGCCCAUUUGCCCAUACGCAGGACGAAGCAUGGUGCCUUCGGUGCCACCAUGAGGGCCACUAUACUGAUGAGUGCCGGUAUAGAAGUUAG